AUGGCGCCGGCUGCGGGCGCCCGGCUCGUUCACUGCGUCCUGGCUCUGCUGCCACUGUGGGACUGUCCCUGCGCGGCCCCCCCGGCGGACGCUCACUCCCUUUGCUAUGACUUCACCGUCAAUCUGAAGCCCAAACCUGGACAACCGUGGUGUGAAGUUCAAGGCCAGGUGGAUGAAAAGACUUUUCUUUACUAUGACUGUGGCAACAAGGUCAAGCCCUUGGGUCCCCUGGGGGAGAAGGUGACUAUGACAGAGUCCUGGGAAGAACAGUCUGGAACUCUGAGUGAUGUGGUGGACAUGCUAAAAGAGCAACUGGCUGACAUUCAACUGGAGAAUUACACAACCGGGGAUCCUCUCUCCCUGCAGGUCAGGAUGUCCUGUCAGCGUGAAGCCAGUGGACGCACCAGCGGGUCCUGGCAGUUCAGCUUCAAUGGACAGACAUUCCUCCUCUUUGACCCGGGGAGCAGAGAGUGGACAGAGGUUCAUCCUGGAGCCAGAUCGACAUGGGAAAAUGACAGAGAUGUGACCGAGUUCUUAGUGAGGAUUUCAAUGGGAGACUGCAAGAGGUGGCUUGAGACAUUUUUGGAGCACUGGGAGAAAAUGCUGGAGCCAACAGCACCACCCACCACAGCACCAGUCACAGCCCACUCCAAGGGCACAGCCAUCACGCCCAACGACAGGACACUUCUUGUGAUCCUCAUCUGCUCCAUCCUAUUUGACAUCCCAGGGAGAAUCCUAUAGGA